UAUAUUUUUUAAAAAGCCAACAGCAAAACUACAUCUCACUGCUGCUUGGAAGUGCUCUUGGUUUCUAAUGGCUGGUGGGGAAGGACUGCGUGGUUUCCAGAAUGACUCCUCCUGCUGUCUCCUUUUUGUCUUUGUUUCAACGUGUUUCUCUGAACAGUCAGAAGGUCAGUUUGAAAGAUCGUGUCUUCUCCAGUCCCCGCGGUGCUGGCACCAAAGGGAAAGGCUCUCCACAGGCUCAGGGCAUCCGGAGGUCCCCCAGUGCUGACCAGAGCAUCGAGGACAGCCCCAGCAAGGUGCCCAAGAGCUGGAGCUUCGGAGACCGCAGCAGAGCCCGGCAGGCUUUCCGCAUCAAGGGAGCUGCAUCGCGGCAGAACUCCGAAGAAGCAAGCCUGCCUGGAGAAGACAUUCCCGAUGAGAAUAAAAGCUGCAACUGUGAGUUUGUGACAGAAGAUUUAACGCCAGGACUGAAAGUCAGCAUCAGGGCAGUGUGCAUUAUGCGAUUUCUCGUCUCCAAACGCAAGUUUAAGGAGAGCCUUCGGCCCUACGACGUGAUGGACGUCAUUGAGCAGUACUCAGCUGGCCACCUGGACAUGCUCUCCCGGAUUAAAAACCUCCAAUCCAGGCAAGAGACCCCUCUGCUUGCUUCACUUUGCCCUUGCUUUUUGUUCAUCACACAGAUGUUGCCAUGAGAGACACUUUCCCUUGCAGCUACACCUUAAUUUUUUUCCUCCUUAAGAGAAAGUUCAGAGGAAGCAUCGCUGCAUGUGGCUGGGACCCAUGGGGAUGAUCAGGAUGGAGCACAUGCAGAGCAAGCACUGGGGUUGUGCCAUUAAAUCUGCCUCUUGUCCAGCUUUUUUAAAUCUCCCUCUUGACAGCUUUGACAGCUCUGAACUAGAUUUCUCUCCUUCCCCACACACAAAAUCCAUGACAUCUACAGCUCACCUCCCUGCAGGUAUUUCUUCAGGAGUUUCAUCCAUUUGCGCCUUCCAUGGCCCCUGUGCUCCAUGCCAAUGAUCAGACCCCUAUCCCAGGCAGCUCUGUUGGCUCAGAGGUCACAGCUCUGCUGAACACAAGGACGCCCAGAGCAGGAGGCAGGGUUUGGCCUUGGGCUGGCUGUGGUCAGAGUCAUUUACCAUUUACUUUAACAGUUGGAUAAUGAAAGUGUUUUCCUUGCUGACUGCAGCAGCCCAGCUUCUGCUGGAAGCCACUUGGGGAAAUUUUCCUUUAAUUUCCAGCCCAUUUUGGUUAUGAAAAUCUGAAAGAA